AUUUUUAAGUGGAUAAGUGAUCUGCCAGAGUUGGAAUCCCAAACCUUAAUGUGUAAUGUACUCACAUGGCGACUAAAAAUUGCUAUAUUUUAUUAUGCCAUGAAAUUAUGAAACCGAAAUAGUUACUUACUGAUAAUUAGAUAAACCAAAGCAUUGAUGAAAAUUGAAUGAAAUUCAAAAACAUGUCACUCUGUCAAAGCCAGUGGCUAUGUCGUCCUCUCACCAAAUCCCUUUUCUCCAAUCCCACAACCUAUGCUUCAUCAGUCUUCCCCAAAAAGCUACCCACUUUUUGGUGCCAUUCAUUACCACAUUCCACCAUAGAUGCUGUGGAGCAUGUUUUUGACAAUAAUAAUAAUAACUUUGAUAAACCUAAAGUUAUAAUAUUGAAGCAGAAAAUGGAACCUCUUGGUAUUAGCUUAGACAACUCUUGUUUGGCUGGGAAGUAUCAUAACCUAUAUUGUCCAAAGUGUAAAGGUGGACAGUUAUUGGAGAGGAGUUUGUCUUUUCACAUUAUCUCUAAUGGUGAAUUUGCAAUGUGGAGGUGUUUUAGACCGACAUGUGGUUGGGCCGGUCAGGUUUUUGCAGAUGACAAGGAAUUGGCCAAGCCUUCUGGAAAAUUAGACGAGGAGAGCCUACGAUUGAAGCCACUUGGUCCAGAGAUUGUUGCUUUCUUUAAGGAGAGAUUGAUAUCAGAGAAAACCUUGAGUAGAAAUUCUGUAAGGCAACUUUCGGACGAAAAAGAGAAUAUUAUUGCUUUUACCUAUAAACAAAAAGGGUCGAUUGUUGGCUGCAAGUACAGAACAAUAGAAAAAAGGUUUUGGCAGGGAAAAGGCACAGAAAAAGUACUUUAUGGACUCGACGACAUUAGUAAUGCAACUGAAAUCAUCAUUGUUGAGGGGGAAAUUGAUAAGCUUUCGCUUGAAGAGGCUGGCUAUCAAAAUUGUGUUAGUGUUCCUGUCGGUGCACCUGCAAAGGUUUCUUCAAAAGAUUUGCCACCAAUAGAAAAGGACACUGCAUUUCAAUACGUGUGGAACUGCAAGGCAUACUUGGAUAAUGUAGUUCGCAUUAUCCUGGCAACUGAUAAUGAUCCACCAGGUCAUGCUUUAGCUGAAGAGCUGGCACGGCGCCUUGGUCGAGAAAGAUGUUGGCAAGUUCAAUGGCCAAAGAAAGAUGAAUCCAGCUUCUUCAAAGAUGCAAAUGAGGUUCUCAAAUACAUGGGAGCUGAUGCUUUGAAGAGGGUAGUUGAAAACGCCGAGCCUUAUACAAGUGAAUUGUAAGAUUUUAAAUCGCAGUCAUGGUAACGAUCCUGUUGUGAUCGCAGUGAAACAUGGUUGUUGUAGCUUCAGUGAAUGGUCUUUAAUCCGUGGCGUCCUCAAGAAUUUUCUUCAGAUUAUUCCAAUAUGGAUUUUAAUAUUUGAUUACAACCAUAUAGUUAGUAAAAUAUGUAAUCUCCACAUAAAAUUGGUGUACCAUUUUUAGAACUCUGAUGUGUGUUUAGCAUGAAAGACUGAUCAUGAAAUGAAGUGUGAGAGACAAGUUUUAAAAAUUGAUUUUUGUUUAAGUA